GUUAUGUUUCUGUUGCUUGGCAACAGUAAUAGUUCUUAAUGCCAAAGAGGAUCUCGUAGCUGCCUUUUGAAGAAUUUGUGUUCAACUUCUUUUAAUUUUUUUUUUCUGUUGGAUGUUAAUAUAGAAUUGUGUUCUAAGCUGUAUUGGAGACAUUUUUGCAUGGUUGCUUUUACUUUAUUAUUGGAAGGACAACUAGUCGAUUUUCAGUGUUCAAGGGAAUCCUUAAUGUGGAAAUACCUUCUGCUUGGAGUGAAGAAGUGACUAAGUGGGGAAAAUUUCCCGGAACUUUUCACUUUCAAUUAUGUAGAUGUUUGUGUUUCUUUUUCCGUAGCACUUUGCAGCACUGUGCAAUGGUGUGCAAUGUACAUUAGAUGACAUAUUGUAUUGCUCAACACAGUUGAGAGAAAUUUCCAACAUUUACAGAACAUUUUGAAAUUGGCGGUUUCAUCAGUUCAUGAGUGAUUGCAACAUUUAACUCUGGUGCUAUGUGUAUUUCAUCGCCAAGAAAAACUUGUAGACGAUCACCUGAAAAUCUGUGAGUGAACUUGUUCAGUCUUUGAUCGUGCUUUACUUGUAAGCAACAUGAUAUUAUAUUUGUGUCUUUUGAGCAGAAUCAACACUGGUACUGGCCAGCUUUGAUAUCAUCAUCUAGUUUCAACAAAAUGCUAAUAAUCAUUAAGAAAGUAAUUCAUUCAUUUCAGGGACAUUUUUGAAUCCACAUUUCAUUUGGUUUUUUUUUUACAAAAAUUACUUUCAAAAUUUCUGAUUUUUUAGCCAGUGUUAGGAGUUCACUUCGUGCUAUGGCACUUGAAUCAAAUACCUACCAGUCAUCCAUGUUAAAAUUAACACUUCAAAAUAUUUCCUUUCCAAGUGCCUCCUUUUUUCUUGCUCAAAACAAGACAAAAAAUAUACUGACAUCUGUUGGUAUCUUGUUGUACAUAAAGAUUUUUUUUUUUAUUUUUGUUGUUAGAUUAUUUCAGAUUUUGUUGUAGAAUUUGUACUCGGCUUAGUAUAUGUAUGAAUAUAUAUGUAUAACUUUAUGUUUUUUUUGUAUAGUUGUGCAAUAUUUCUGUAUUCUACAAAGCAUUUUAUCUUGGUUUUAUUUUGUACAUAUAACCAGGGGUACCACCAUAGCUGUUUUAUUACAUUCAAGUGCUGAUGAUUCUUUCUGGUUUUAUUGUUUUUCAAAGAGACACAAAUUUAUUUCUACAAACAUUGUUUAAACACAAACUCCUUUACAAUAGUUACACUUUUUGAAUUUUACUACUUCAAAUCUUCUCCAUUUUAUACAAUUCACUGAAUACCAAAAACCCACCAUUUUGUUUUCAAAUCUCAUCAUUUCUGGUGAUUUUCUUUUUCUAAAAUCUCUUUUAAAAAUGUAAUUCACAAUGCAUACCCAAUUCAUAGUGUAGAAAAAAUGGCAUGCCAUCAAAUUUUAAUUAAGGUUGUUUAUUUUAUUUUUUAAGUUUGAGCAGGCAUUCAGUACUAGUACUUUAGAAUUCUAGCAUUAUGGUUAAUCUGAAAUGUGUUCAUCAAUUUGGGUACUGUGCAAAUAUACUAUAUAAAAAGACACUGGUGAACAGCUUAUUUUAAUUUGUUAUUUUAUCUAAUCUUGUUUUUUUUUAUUCCUCUAUGAUGAUUAACAUUUUGUAUUAUUUCAGUGUAAUCAAAGACUUGACAAUUAAUUACAUACUGCAAUUGUUUCUUAAAUUUUCAAUUUAAUAUUACUAAUAGGUUUUUAUAUUACACAAGAUAAUCAUGAAAUUCAUCUCCAAAAAAUGCAAGUUAAACUGACAGUAGAUUCACUAUGUAGCAUCUUAUUGUUGAAUAUUGUGACCAGUUCCAGAACUUUUAUACCCCUGCUGGACCAUGGAGAUAGGUUUUCAAAUCUUGAGACACAAAAAUUAUUUGUUUGUAACCUCAAAUAAAACAGCUUGGUUACAAUUUCAAAACGAAAAACGAACAUGUGUCAAUUGGUUCUUUUAUCUUGCAAUUUGGAUUUUGUAGAGUUUUGUGUUCUUUGUAUUUUGAAUUCUGUGAGAAUUUGACAGCUCUUUUGUUGGAACAACAAACUCUUAUUGGAUUUGUCACUUCUGACAUAUACUGCAUUACUGACACUACAAUUUUUUUGUCUUUCAUUAAAGCCAUGUUAGUGAUUACCCAUGCAUUAAAACAGAAAUAAGGUUUUCAAUCGUAGGCAUAUUUUAACUAUAUUUUGUGAUUUUAAAGCUUUUAUUUUUUUUUCUCUUGCUUAAGGUUGUACAGCUAACAAUACUUAUGUUAAUUAGUGUGCAUUUUGUUAGUAACUCUACUUGUCUAAUAUAUAAAAAAGUUACUCUUGCUUGUGAAAUUUACUCACAAUCGGAGGAAAUUCCACUUCUGACAGUAUUGACAAAAGUAUUUCUAUGUCUUAAUUGUUUAACUCCAAACACUUUUUAAAUCACAUUCAGUUGUUCUAUUAUUACGUUAAUAUGUCAGACAAGUUAUUUUUUUUCUCCAGACUUUUUGGUAUUAUCCAUUUUGAUCCGCAUUGUAUAUGGAUAGCAAAAUAUCGGAGUGAUGCCAGACUUUGUUGUAAAUUGUUAUAUAACCCUUACAAAUUUGGUUUUGGUUUCUGACAGGCAACUAUAUGUACACUAUCAUACGCCAGGAUUCAUAUAUACAGGUGUAGCUCUUAUGUUAAUGAAAUCUGAAGGACUUUGAUUAUAGCUUUAAUUUGGAGUAGAAAUCCCCAAGACUGUGUAAACACUUGUUAGUAUGAUGGCCUAUAUAGUGACAAUCUGGCUCCAUAGGCUCUCCGUAUGUGCACUGUAGUAGUUUAUUUAAUCAUAUUCCCACCCCCUUAGUGUGUCUGACAUUUUAUUUGUUUAAUAAAUCCAAAUGUAUUGAGUUUGAUCCAUCUUCUUUUUAUUACUAAGGCUAUGUCUUUUACUAUUUUUUUUUUACUUCUUUUCCUUUCUGUUGCUAGACUCUCUUAAGAUUUUUUCCUCUCCUUUUCUCAGCCUAAAUUAUAAACUUGUAGGCCUGCUUCUGAUGUUGGCUUUACUCACAGAGGACUGCAACAGAGAGGAAGUAAUUCUAUAGAUCCCACCUCUGCUAAUAAACCAAAGGUUUUUUAUUAUUAUUAUUCAUCCUUAUUUAUGUUGUCUUGUUUUUCGCUAAGCUUUUGAGUUCAUUGUUUUUUGUUAAACGAGAUCUUUUAAGUUGAAUUGGAUAUUAUUUAAAUUUGUGUAGUUUCAUGCAUUAUGAAAGUGCAUUUGCCAAAAUGUUACAAUCUGUUGUUUCACCCCCUGAAAAUGCUCUUAAACUUUAAAAAAUUGUACAGAUAUUUGUAAACAAUAAGUAUGUAAUAUUUGUACAUUUCUUUGUUUCUUUUUUAUGAUGAUUUGUUUGGUUUUUAGACGCAAAAAUUUGCUCAUUAUCUCCUUAGUAUGAUAAGGGGGAAAAAAUGAAGACUUGAAAUUCUUUGGCAUGAAUGUGUGUAUGUUACAUAAUCAUGGUCUAGUCUGAAUGUUGCUACAGUAUGUUUCGUACUAUAACCAUUGUAUCAUAUUCUACAUGUUCACUAUAACACAAUACAUUUCAAAAUGUGUUAUAUUUUAUUUGUUAUCCAUAACUACUACAGAUAAGUAUAUAUAAAUAUAUAUAGGUGCUUACACAACAGUAAACUAUUUCUAAACUGAAA